CCGGACAGCAUCUCAAGACUCGCUGGGUCGAGCUGAUAAACUCUGGUUUUGUUCAAAUAGACCAGAUAAGAAAAAGGAGGAGAGAUUAACUUAUUUAAGAACGACGAAUCUGUCAGAAGUAGUUCAUAAGAGGCAUCUAAAGGCAUUUACUCGGUCUCCCUUUUAAGCUACAUCAUACUUGGCGAAGCUGUAUUUGUUUAUUUAUUUUAUUAUUAUUAUUAACGUUAAUUUUAUUUAAAAGUUGAGUUCUGUGGAAAAACGAGGGAAAAGGCGAAGUUUCAACUGAGUCAACGUACGUCGAGACGUCAUCCAACAUUUGACAAGACGUGAUGGAGGGCGAAAAGCAACUGACCUUCCCGCUGAUGCUGACUGUCGGGACGGCUGUGAUCGGCUCCCUUCAGUUCGGCUACAACACAGGUGUCAUCAAUGCCCCGCAAAAGGUGAGUGACAAGCACAUACUCACGCAUGCGCAAACUCUUUAUUGUUCACCCUGCUUCGGAAAUGCCACCAUGUGGCCAUUCCUCCUUGGCUUCACCUUUAUCCCAGCCCUGCUGCAGUGCUGUUUACUGCCCUUCUGCCCCGAGAGCCCUCGAUUUCUCCUCAUCAUCCGGAACGAGGAAAACAAAGCCAAAGCAGUGCUUAAAAAGCUGCGCGGGAUGACGGAUGUGAGUGCAGACAUGCAGGAGAUGAAGGAGGAGAGCAGACAGAUGAUGAGAGAGAAGAAAGUGACCAUUCCUGAGCUGUUCCGCUCUCCGCUCUACCGACAGCCCAUCGUUAUAGCCAUCAUGCUGCAGCUGUCCCAGCAGCUUUCUGGAAUCAAUGCUGUAUUCUACUACUCUACAAAGAUCUUUGAGAAGGCAGGUGUGCAGCAGCCAGUUUACGCCACUAUUGGAGCAGGAGUCGUCAACACAGCUUUCACUGUAGUGUCGCUGUUUGUAGUUGAGCGAGUGGGCCGCAGGUCUCUGCACCUCUUGGGACUGCUGGGAAUGGCUGGAUCUGCUGUACUGAUGACCAUCGCUCUUGCCUUGCUGGAAAAGUACGACUGGAUGUCCUACAUGAGCAUCGUAGCAAUCUUUGCAUUCGUGGCCUUCUUUGAGAUCGGACCGGGCCCCAUCCCAUGGUUCAUUGUGGCUGAGCUGUUCAGUCAGGGCCCAAGACCCUCUGCAUUUGCUGUUGCUGGAUUCUCCAACUGGACAGCGAACUUUAUCGUGGGCAUGUGCUUUCAGUAUGUCGAGGAGCUCUGUGGGGCGUAUGUGUUUGUCAUCUUCACCGUAUUUUUACUGUGCUUCUUUGUCUUCACCUACUUCAAAGUCCCAGAGACCAAGGGCCGGACGUUCGACGAAAUCUCCGCCGGUUUCCGCCAGGCAGCGUCAGGUGCUGAGAAGCACUCACCCGAGGAGCUCAACAGCCUGGGGGCGGACUCUCAACUUUAAACCCCUCCUCUAACCCCGCCUCCCUCACCUGGUCACUCUUCUGCACGCAACUACUGAGGAGAAGGGGUCAGCGGGCUGUCAAUCAAACAUUUCCCCCCUUCUCACGGCUGCACUCACCUCUUAGUCCCCCCGCGCUCCCCGAUGGCUUCACAUGGCCAGCCGAACUGCAGCUGCUGGAUGCCAGACACCGAGUUUGAAAGGCAGGGAGUAAGAGUAGUCAUCAUAUUCCUUCUAUAAGAAAGAUGAUCGUUUUAAGACAUGUUUGAGGUAUUGUAUUUUGCAUUGGAAUUGCUUUGGCUAGGUUUUAGGUUUUUAAAUCUACCUUAACUGUUACUUCUGCUGUGCUACGAGAGAGUAAAAAAUCGCCGGAGGUCACGGGGUCACUCCUGAUCGAGCCGCUACGCUCUUGAUGUCAGAAAUCCACAUGCCAAAUGUACGCUGACUGACAAUUCAAUACUGUAUUCCAGAUAACUGUAUCUCAUUUAAACAAAAAAAAAAUUAUAUAUAUAUAUAUAUAAACAUAUUUGAACUAAAAGUGAGUUAUAUAAGCCCCAAAAUAUGUCAUCUAUGAUGUCAUCCAUUGAAACAAUGACGUUUUAUAUAUAUAUAUAUAUAUAUAUAUAUAUAUGUACAUUUAUGUAAAACGCUUCUGCAUAGCAAGCAUUUUUUGUUAUUUUAACACUUUACAGGGUAUUUUAUCCCUGUUUUCAUAUCAAUAAGUCUUCUGUUCUUGCUUUUCAAGAUGCGUCACAUCUUUUAAAUAUAUUUAUAUUGUGUAACAAAUUCACUUGCUUUCUCUAUGAAAUGUAGAUCGUUAUGAUCACUCCAGUAGGAGACAAACAGAACAUUUCUUAAAUUGUUUCAUUAUGUUACUUGUCACCAAAUAUUACAUCUACCCAACUUUUUAAUGUAAGGUCGUCACUUUAUAAUGCACAAUCAGACAUACUCUUUAAUGAAAGUAUUAGCAUCAGUGCAAGUGAAUGUUGAUCAUAAAGUACAGCAGAUAUCAGACAUUCAUAAUAUUCCACUUCAGCAUAAGUUCAGAUAUCAGUAGUUUGAAAUGCGUUUUGCACAGUCAACUCCCUCCAGCGAAGGGGGAAUAUUCAAGUUGGGAACCACGGAGAGUGACCAAAAUGCACUGUGACUGGUGGCGUGAUUAGAGUGCACUGAACAGCCUUCCUCUUCAUCUUCAUCUGAUGGAAGAGCUGCAAAACCAGACCAUUGAUGAUGCUGUUAGUACAAACCAUCUGUCUGUUGAGAAGCAUCUGCUGUUCAACUUGCUCUGACAGACAUGUUUGGAAACGCAGUAUGCCUGGCUUCAAUGUGCCUUGUCAUUUUUUUUAAACUUCUAGUUUUCCUUUUUUAACCUAGUAUGUUCACCCUUGAUAGUUUACCCUUAAGUAUUUUGUGUUUUUUACGUACAUCAAAGUCAUCAAAUGAGGUUUUUCACUUUGAACUUGCGUGAGCAUAUAUAUGUAGUCUGCUGUUAAACAUUAUUCUGUCUUUUAAACACUCCAGAAUAAACUGUAGUUUUGUUUUUAGGUGAAAAACCUACAUAAUUGAUCUUCACCUCUAAUAAAUCACCUAUAUUUGUGACUUUUUAGACAUAUCAAAUACCUGUAAAUGAGUUUUUUUCACUUUGAGUAGAGUUUGAGUGUGUGCAUGUGAUAUUUGGCCAGUUCGCCAGCGAUACAACAGGUCAAAUUAAUUUCUGUGCACAGCAUUCCAUAUGGGAGUAUCUUGUGUGUGUGUUUUUGACAUUUUGUACACAUCGGAAAGACACAAGUGUGUGUGUGUGUGUUUUUCAGAUCGUAUGCAUGUUCACAUGAACUCUCAGAAUGAGCGUGUCCCAUUGAAAUCACUGAUGUGUGUUGUGUGGAAUUGUCAAAGAAACAUUUUAUAGCCUAUGGAGAGUUCUGUGAUUUCCCACUGUAACUAAAUAAGGAAUGUAAAAUAGGUGAAUUUUAUGUCUAAGACAUUGUAGUUUUAUAGUGUGAUUUUAAUAGCUGUACCAUUCUCAUUUGUCAUUUUCCUCUGUUUUUAUAAUGUAGAAUAUAUUUCUCUUUCUUUUCUUUGAUGCACUAUCAUGGUAGUCAAUACUGUAAGACAAUUUAAACAUCUUACUGUUUUUGUUUUGUUUACCAUACUGUAUUUAUUAGAACACCUAAUUUAUUUAGUUUUUUUGCUUUCAGUUUUACUUAUGGAAAUAAAUUUGUUAGGAAAAUAAA